UUCCUUGCACAUGGGCGCCAAUUCAAGUGGGGACACCUUGUCAAAGCAUGCAUUCAGACCUCGAAACCAAGCAAUCAGACCUAGGUCUUGCAUGCAUGUCCCUAUGAAGGCGCCAAUUUGAAUGGCGACCCCUCUUAAAGGUUGUACAUGGUCGCCAAUUCAAGUGGAGACACCAUGCAAGCACAACUUUUCAUGCUCCCAUCCAUUUGCCUAUAAAUACACCCACUCCAUCAACACUUCUUCCACACCAUCACUCUCACUACUUCUUCUACAAUUUCAUCUGCAACAACUUCUUGUAGUUUCAUCUACACCAACCCCCGACAAAAUGUCUAUCCUCACAAUGGGCGAAUCACAUAGAGAACGGUUGCAAACAUCGCAACAUAUGAUUUAUCAAGGUUCGGAACUCGGGUCCACGAAUAUGUCCAUAUGGACCUGAUGAUUCAACCUUAUGUUGAACUCGUCGGUUUUGGUCAUAUAAGCAAGAUUUUGUCUUGGUCCAUAGAUAACAAAUUCAUUCUAACUUUAUGCGAAAGAUGGAGACCAGAGACACACACAUUUUGGUUCCCAACCGGUGAGUGUACCGUGACGUUGGAAGACGUCUACAUGCUUUUGGGACUGCCCAUUGAAGGUAAGGCUGUUAAUGGUAAAACCAACUAUGCAAAUUCAAUUUGCAUGGAUCUCUUGGAGACUGAUUUGUUAGAUGAUAACACAAGAGGUCAAGGUAUACUACUUUCACGCCUUAAAUCGUACUAUAAUAGUUUAUACUUAGAUGGGCAUUCUACCGAAGAUGCUCGAAUAAUAAAAACUAGGUGUUACAUUAUGCUGUUAAUUGACUCGUUUUUAUUUCCCGAAGGUAGUGGUUCUAGCAUGCAUAUUAUGUAUUUACCUUUACUUAGACAUGUAGAUAGAAUAGGAAGUUACAGUUGGGGAUCUGCUUGUCUAGCCUAUCUCUAUAGCUCCUUGUGCAAAAACUCACACAAAGACACAUCUUUAUUUUUUGGAUGUGUUGUUUUGCUACAAGCAUGUGGUUGGUCAAGACUACCGUCCCUAGCACCCGUCAACAACAACCCUUUCACAUUUCCGUAUGCACAAAAAUGGUUUGCACGUGGUAUGAGUUACAACAGAUGUCCAAGACACUGUAUUACUCAGUAUCGCAACCUGUUGGAUCACCUUCGACCGACAGACUUUAUUUGGCGUUCAUAACUUAAUUUGGAUCAUGACCAUCAAGUCAACGCUGAAGACGCGGUCGUAUGGACUGCAUGCACACCGAUAAUACGGUUCACAACUAUGGAGAUGCACAAUAGUGAUCGUGUGAAGCUGCAGUUCGGUAUGCCCCAAAAUAUCCCAGAUCCCCCAGCUAGCCUAGGAGAAUGACAUUUGCACAAAGUUAACGACCAAUGGAAUUUCAAUCCAUGGCAAAGCUUCGCAAGAUCGGAGUGUCGCAAAUGGAAGCACCGUCAUGACCAUGUGUUAACUGACGCAGUCAUGCCAACUGAAGAAAAACCAAGUCGUACUUAUAUGGCUUGGUACAAAUCGAUUGGUUUUCAGUUCAUCGCCGAGGAUAUGUACUUGUACGACCCACGCCAGAUGACUUACACACCUGACACCUCAACAUCAAACCCCCAACAAUAUCGUCAGACCGGAUACACACAACCCCCUGUCCGUCAAACGUUCCGUUCAACCAACACACAUACAACCAAAACAUUCCAUACACCCAACCCCAAUACCAAGAGCAUACCUCAUACCACCAACAACAAAUUGACCAUCAACCUAAGACUCAACAUCGCUUCGCACCCACACCACCACCCUACCAAAGCCUCAUAAGCCAGAACACCCAACGAUCAUUCAACACCAACCGCCCCUCCUCCUACUGUAGCCAAGAAGCCCAAACCUCACAAAACCAAAACAUCCAACAACCAUAUCUCUACCAAACACCCCAACAACCUUUCCAACCUUUCCUCGACGCAUCGUUCACACUCAUGUCUCCCUUCAACCGUCUCGGUCGCCCAUCAAUGAGUCAACCACAUCCCAACUUCUCUGGCAUGGGUUUUGAGCUCAGCUACGGCGGUACACCAUCGAUGCAUACUGAAGACUAUGCCGACUUGUCUGACUACCUCAACAGACCUUCUCAUGUAGUUGGCAGUGACGCUCCUGGCCCCUCAGAUGCUCAAACACCGGUACUGAAUCAUUAACGUGGGUUAGGACCACGGGUUAGGGUAGCUAGAGGAUGUGGGACCGGAGGUCGGUUAGGUGAUCCCGAUCAUCACCAUUAGGUUUCUUUGUGUAAACGACAAAUUUUAUUAAUAUCAAUUGGUCCUAUAUCAAAUUUAUCUAUCACGUAUACCAUUUACAAAAAAAAAUGCAUUUUAGGAGGAGUCUCCAAAUGAAUUGACGCAUCCUCUUAAGCCCUACACAUGGCCGCCAAUUGGAUUGGCUAGGGCAGCUUUUUAAGAGGAGUCUCCAAUUCAAUUGGUGACUCCUCCUAAAAGUGGGGUAGUUUGGGAUUUUUUUUAAACCAGAGGUAUUUUGGGAAUUUUCUUGAAAAAUUGCGUUAUUUUCGUACAAAAUUCUUUCUUUUGAAGCAUUUUUGGUGAAGAUAAACUUAAUUUGAGAGUUGGAGGAGAAAAAAAAGAGAGGAGAAAACACACAUGGAGAGGAAAUGCUGAAGCAUUUCUUAAAUAAAUUAUUUAGAGUUGACAAACUUUUGAGUAGCUAUUGUGUAUAGUCAAAAAUCACUUUGGUUGACAUAAUAUGUUAAAUGAGUUUAUACGUUAAAUGAGUUUGUAUCUCAUCCUAAAAGUUAAUUCAAUAUCUCAUUCAAAAAGCUAAUUCAAUAGAUGAACUUGUCCAAACACAUAUUUAUACAUCUAAUAGCCCUUUCGAGCAAUGUGGGACAUUGAACAUACUUCAAAGAACUUUAAUAUCCACUUUGACGUCUGGCGUGGGCAUGACAUUCUCAUGUCGUACUUAAUCCAACUCUUAUACAAAGUUAAAUACAUUUCUUAGAAAAUUAAGAAACAAUAUAUUAUAUCAUGCUCUUUCAUGAAAGUUGAGUGUUGUGUUAUGACAUUCACCACUACUAAAAUAGUUUGGUU